UCCCUGGAAAUACUGCUCUAAAUAAACAAGGCUAAUAUGGACCCAUUUGAAGCCACGGUUAAAAGCUUUGAAGUGUCUUCAAAAACCCAUUUGAAAACUCUAUAGGGGUUCCCAAAUAGAAAUGAGUCCUCCCUCUCUCCACUCACCCUAUGUAUCCUUCUCCCCUUAUCUUUGAGCACAUACCGCAGGCAUUGUUGGCCACACCCACACAUACUUCUCCAGAAUGGCUCCUAAUCUCCCUGCUUUGUCAGUCGAGACUUCGUCUCUGUAUGCUGUCCAGACCCCAGCCUCUUAUCUGCAUUUCCGUUACUGAUGGGAGAGCACUUAGGUAGGAUGACCUAUUAUGGAGCGAUGGACUGUGCUUUGGGCCAAGUGUACCCCUGACCCAUAAUGCAAUUGUCUGAAUGAGAGACUUUUAAAAAGCUGCUGCUCUUUCAGUAAUUGUGUGUGUCCAGUGCACAAGCUAGCAAGAGUGUAGGAGAGAAAGAGAAAGACUGAAAGGGGCAGGUUCAUUUUAAUCGUCAACAAGUCUCAUACUGUGUCUAUAACUUUAAUUUUAAUGUAGGUUUUUGCAUAUGUAUCAGUCUGCUCCAUAUGGGAGCUAUUGUAUUUGGGGUCAGACAGUGAGGUAGUACUCUGUGUCUCUGUUAGACAGUGAGGUAGUACUCUGUCUGUGUCUCUGGUAGACAGUGAGGUAGUACUCUGUGUCUCUGUCAGACAGUGAGGUAGUACUCUGUGUCUCUGUCAGACAGUUAGGUAGUACUCUGUGCGUGUGAGCGAGCGUACAGAGGAGCUCCCGGUGUUGCUGUGAGCAUAUAGAGGCCGCUGUACGGAAUGGCCUCCUCCAGCUCUUCCUCUUCCUCGUACCGCACUGCCCGCUACAGCAGCAGCUCCUUCAGAGCAGGAGGCAGUGAAGGGCAGGCCUCUCUCUUCCAGCCCUAUCUGGACGGCAGCCCCCACAGCCUCUUUGGAGAGGAGCGAGAUGGGACACCCCUGCUGCCCUUCAGCAGACGCCACAGGGAGUCGUUUGGGUAUCCAGGGGGCAUGGGGGCAUCUGUGUCAGUACGUCCUGCCAGUAUGGGUGCGGUGCAGGCAGUGGCCAAUUCAUACUUAACGUCGGCGGAUGUGAGUCAGUUCGAGCCUCAGGAUGUGGUGGUAAUGGCCUACGGCCACUGGGUCGUCAUCCAUGCAGAAAAGGUGGCUGAUGAUGGCAGCGUCAGUGACACCUUCACCCACAAGAGCCAGCUCCCGGAGGACAUGGACCCGCUGUCCGUCAGCAGCACCCUGACGCCUGAGGGCGUGCUAGUGGUCAGCGUGAGGAAGACGAGCGGCCUGCCCGAGCCCCCCCGACCUGCCCACCGCUGCGUGGCUCCGCUGUAGGCAGCCCCCCCCCCUCAGAAACCUCAUGGCUGCAAUCACACAUCAAACAACUGUAUUCCACAGCCUGGAAAUCAAGAUGCCAAUGGACUGUACUUUAGCUGCGCAAUAUAAUGAGAGGUAUUAAGCAGCACCACCAUGUGCUGUAGAUGAGCUAUUAUUUUAAAAGGACGGGUAAAUUAUGAUGGCUUAAUGUGGUUUUAAAAAAGGCCUGUGGGACACCUCAUGGUUACCCUGUGGUAACUGU